AUGAAAUCUACACCCAAUCAACUAUUAGAUUAUCGUUGUCGUCUUGGAGGUCCAACAUCAUUAGGACGUUCAGGUGUUAGUCAAAUGUAUCAUUUACAUGUGCUCGAAAGUGAAGGACAUAAAAUAUUACAAGAAUUAUUUCCCCAACUAAAAGAUAAAUUAUUAAAUGAAUAUGAUGUUCGUGAGUAUUCAUUUAAAACCGACUGCAGAUUCAUGGUCAAUGGUUUCUUAUUAAAUCAAGAUUUAACCGAAGAUUUUCCCUUGUUGGGUAUCGAUCGGUUUACAUUAGAAACAGCAAUGAGAAAAGAAUUGUGUUUACAAUAUGGAAAUCAAAUUGAAUGGAAAUGUAAUUCAAGAGCAGUGCAACUAAUUGUCGAUCAAUCAUUAAAUAUUAUUAAAGGUAUAAAAUAUCGGCAAAAACAUCAUGUUGACUCAUCAUCGAUUGAUUUGUAUGGUGAUUUUAUUAUUGAUUGUACUGGUCGAAAUACAUCAUCAGUCAAAUGGUUAAAAGAAAGUUUUAAUUUAAUUGUACCGACUAUGCAAAUACAUUUUGGUUUAGGUUAUGUCACAUUUAUUGGUGAAAGAUUUAAAACUGGAGAUCCAUCGCUGGAUUCAAAACAAAUAGUUGCUUGCUCAUUUAACUCUCCCGAUAACAAUACAGGAUUUGCUACAACUCCAAUACGUGAAAUAAAAACAAUGGAUGAAAAUUCGUUAGGAACGUUAUCAACACUUCUGGUUCAAUGCGUUAAUUACGAAUAUCCACCAAAUGAUUCCUACGAAAAUUUAUUAGAAUGGAUAAAAGAGAAAUUGGGUCCAGAAUGUUAUUCGGUAUUUAAAUCAAAAAAAGUAUGUAGUCCAUUAGUUUCAUAUCGUCGUGCGAUUGAUGAUCGAAAGUAUGUUGAACAAUUAGGUAAGAAGUGGCCUCAAAAUUAUGUAUUAUUGGGUGAUGCAAUGUGUACAUUUAAUCCUGGAUAUGCACAGGGUAUGACACAUGCAUGUAGACAGGCAAGAGAAUUAGGAAAAAUAUUUCAAGAGAAUUGUCAUAAGUUAAAAGAUAUUUCUCAUAUUUUUAAUCGUCGUGCUUCAGCAAUUAGUGAAGAAUGUUGGCUUCUUUCCACCACAAAUGAUUGA